AUGUUCAGCUCCGGCCCGGGCUCCGCCGAGCAGCGGAGGGCGGCGGAGGGACUCCAAUGCCCAGCGGGCCGUGCGCGGGAUGCGCUUGCGCGCUACGCGGACGGGGGGGCGGUCGGGCCAUUUAAAUGUGUGUUUGUGGGUGAAAUGGCUGCGCAGGUCGGAGCGGUGCGCGUCGUACGGGCGGUGGCGGCGCCGGAGGAGCCGGACAAAGACGGCAAGGAGAAGCCCCACGCCGGGGCCUCGCCGCGGGGAGUGAAGCGGCAGCGCCGGGCGAGCAGCGGGGGGUCCCAGGAGAAGCGGGGGCGGCCGAGCCAGGACCCCGCUCUGGCCGCCUCUCACCGGCGGCGUCGCAGCCGCCAACAUCCCGGGCCGCUGCCGCCGCCGCUGCCGCCGCCGCCGCCGCCGAAUGCAGCAGCGGCCGCGCCGCCGACCCUCCCGGGCCCCGUGGAGCCCCUGCUGCUGCCGCCGCCGCCGCCGCCCUCGCUGGCCCCCGCCGGGCCCGCCGUGGCCGCCGCGCUGCCGGCCCCCGGCACGUCGGCCCUCUUCACCUUCUCGCCGCUGACGGUGAGCGCGGCCGGGCCCAGGCACAAGGGCCACCGCGAGCGGCACCGGCACCACCACCACCGCGGCGCGGCCGGCGAGCCCGGCGCCUGCGGGCCGGCCGAGCUCAAGCACAAGGACAAGCAGGAGAACGGCGAGCGGGCCGCCGGGCUGCCGCUCCUCACGGCCCCCAAGCGAGAAACACCGGAUGAAAACGGGAAAGCCCAGAGAGCGGAUGAUUUUGUGUUGAAGAAAAUAAAGAAGAAAAAGAAAAAGAAACACCGAGAAGACAUGCGAGGAAGACGCCUUAAAAUGUACAACAAGGAAGUCCAAACUGUGUGCGCCGGCCUGACGCGCAUCAGCAAGGAGGCCCUCGCCCAGGGCCAGGCCAGCAGCACCCCGGGCGUGAGCGGGGAGGCCUGCCGCUACCUGACGGACGAGCAGCUGUGCCGGCUGAACGUGGGCACGCAGGAGUACCGGGUGCCCCAGGGCGUGCAGACUCCCUUUGUCACCCACCAGGAGCAUUCGAUCCGGAGAAGUUCCUUAAACACAGGCACUAAGUUCAGCAACUUUAUCCACGAGGAGCACCAGUCCAACGGUGGUGCCCUCAUCCUGCACGCUUACAUGGACGAACUCUCAUUCUUGUCUCCCGUGGAGAUGGAGAGGUUUUCCGAGGAGUUUCUUGCUCUGACAUUCAGUGAAAAUGAGAAAAACGCUGCGCACUAUGCUUUAGCGAUAGUGCAUGGGGCGGCUGCUUAUCUUCCGGACUUCUUGGACUAUUUUGCUUUUAAUUUCCCCAGCACUCCGGUGAAAAUGGAGAUUCUGGGCAAGAAAGACAUCGAAACCACCACCAUUUCCAAUUUCCACACUCAGGUCAACAGGACGUACUGCUGCGGCACCUACCGAGCAGGUCCCAUGCGGCAGAUAAGUCUUGUUGGAGCAGUCGAUGAAGAAGUUGGUGAUUAUUUCCCAGAGUUCCUUGAUAUGUUAGAAGAGUCACCAUUUCUGAAAAUGACUUUGCCCUGGGGUACGCUGUCCAGCCUCCGGCUCCAGUGUCGGUCCCAGAGCGAUGAUGGGCCCAUCAUGUGGGUGAGGCCAGGGGAGCAGAUGAUCCCCACAGCAGACAUGCCAAAGUCACCCUUCAAACGACGACGAUCAAUGAAUGAGAUAAAAAAUCUCCAGUACCUACCUCGGACCAGUGAGCCCCGUGAAGUGCUCUUUGAAGACAGGACAAGAGCCCACGCCGACCACGUGGGCCAGGGCUUUGACUGGCAGAGCACCGCCGCGGUCGGCGUCCUGAAAGCCGUGCAGUUCGGUGAAUGGAGUGACCAGCCUCGCAUAACCAAAGAUGUGAUUUGUUUCCACGCUGAGGAUUUCACUGAUGUUGUACAGAGACUGCAGUUAGACCUUCACGAACCUCCAGUUUCCCAGUGUGUGCAGUGGGUGGAUGAAGCCAAACUAAACCAAAUGAGGCGGGAAGGCAUUCGCUACGCCAGGAUUCAGCUGUGCGACAAUGAUGUCUACUUCAUCCCCAGAAACGUCAUCCAUCAGUUCAAAACGGUGUCGGCGGUGUGCAGCCUGGCCUGGCACAUCCGGCUUAAGCAGUACCACCCCGCGGUGGAAACCACGCAGAACACAGAGAGCGGUGCCAGCAUGGACCGCGAGGUAACUGGAAAGCGAGAAUUCGAAGGUGACUCCCAGUGCGUGAGGAUAAAAACUGAACCCGAAGACACAUGUGCAGAGAUGCAGCUUUUCACAGCCGCAUCGUCUUCUGUCCCCCCGGCAUCAGAACUGAGCCUGCAGCCAGCCCAGAUGGCGCAGCCGGCCCCGGUGUUUAAGGCGGAGAGUAGACUGGACUCCGAACAGCCACACAAGCUACAGGAACAUCCAAGCACUCCUGUGUGA